GAAGGAGGAUGUGUACAAACGCCUCACAUCAAAGUCAGCGUCGUCCUGAACGACCACGUCGAGGGUUGGAUCCGACUCCUGUGGAAUCAAUCGCGCCUGCAGAACUGAUUCGACUGCUCCAGCCUGCUCUUGUGGAUUGUGGAUUGUGUCGAGAGAACGCGUUUACUUACUGUCAUUGCAUAUUCUGAUUAGUGCCCCUGCGUGAAAGUGGAGAUGAGCACGCGUUUUAUUGCUCUAGUUUUGCUCGCGGCACUUGUGUGUCGCGUGUCUGCGCUUCAUUUCUUCUUGGAAGGAUCUGAUCGGAAAUGUUUCCUGGAAGAGCUGCCGCAGAAUACUCUUGUGGUUGGAUUUUAUAAUGCGGAGGAGUUUGUGCCUGAUAAUGGGAAAUUCAUCCAGCCUGAUGCGCUAGGCGUGUUUAUCACUGUUGAGGAAAUCUUUGACAACAACCACCGCGUGGUUUCGCAGCGCGGAUCCGCCUCGGGCAAGUUCACAUUCACAGCGGCAGACUCUGGCGAGCACAAGAUCUGCUUCCAAGCCAGUUCGGGCAGCGCGGGGUGGUUUUCUCACUCGACGGUGCGGUUUAACCUCGAUCUUGCGAUCGGCGAGACGAGCGUGCUGUCAAAGGACCACCGCACGACGGAGACGUUUACGUCGCUUGUGGAUAAGGUGCAGGAGCUCAGUCACCGGUUGGCGGAUAUUAAGCGCGAGCAGCAGUUCCAGCGGGAGCGGGAGGAGGAGUUUAGGAACGAGAGCGAGCGGACGAACGCGAGGGUGGUGAGAUGGAGUGUUAUUCAGUUGAUUGUGAUUGGGGCUACGUGUGCGUGGCAGCUGAAUCAUUUGCGGGGAUUCUUUGUGAAGCAGAAGUUGGUUUAGUGUGUAUAUAGCUAAGACUCUAUCUUUACCUAUUUUUACAGCGGGUGAAGUGCAGUAAUGAGAACA